AUGAUCCAACCUCUUGGGUUCUGUGCUAAGGGCAGUGAACAAAAGGUAUGCAAAUUGAAAAAGUCUCUAUCUGGUCUAAAACAAUCACCAAGGGUUUGGUUUGGCAGAUUUCAUCAAGCAGUUCAACAGAUGGGUUUUAAACAAUGUCAGACUGAUCACACUCUCUUUGUGAAGAAAGAACAAGGAAGAACAUUAGCCUUGAUUGUUUAUGUGGAUGACAUAGUCAUUACUGGUGAUUGGGUCUCAGAUAUUCAGAGGGUAAAGAACUUCUUGGUCACUCAAUUUGAGGUAAAAGAUCUAGGACCUCUUCGUUACUUUCUUGGAAUUGAACUUGUUCACUUCCAACAGGGUUUCUUCAUCUCUCAAAGGAAGUAUACCCUAGAUCUCUUGAAAGAUAUAGGAAAACUUGGAGCCAAACCGGUCGACAAUCCUAUAGACGUAAAUCACAAACUCGGGGACUGCAAUGAUGAGCCCAUAAAAGAUGCAAGGCAGUACCAAAGACUUGUAGGUAGACUCCUAUACUUGUCUAUGACCAGGCCUGAUAUUGCAUAUCCAGUAGGAGUCCUUAGUCAGUUCAUGCAUGCUCCCAAGGCUGCCCACUUAGAAGCAGUAGAUCGGGUUCUUUGGUACUUGAAGAAAUUCCCAGGGACAGGCCUCCUCUUCAAGAAUCAUGGACAUAUGAAAGUUGAGGACCUCACAAGUAUUGAUUGUUCUAUGUGCUACUUCCCAACAAAAAGCCUUUACGUUGGGUUGCAUUGGUCCUUUCCAAAUUUCUGUAGCUUGAAAUACAACAGAGGUCCUACAAAGGAGGUUGAUAAGAACCAUGAAGAUUUAUAA